UGGGUCGGGAAAAGAAGAAAAUGGUCGGAAAAUAUUUGUAUUAUUUUUCACGAUUUUCACGCUCACUUGAUUGGAGAAGUAUCUUCUACACGAAUUUAUUAAAUUAAACUUUGUGCUGUGUCUUACUAAAAUAUAUACGAAAUGUGGUUGAGAUAUAAAAAUCGUCAGGUUCUUAGGCAUAGAAAUUUGCAGCUCGACCAGCUGUAAAUUGAAUUUAGUGUUUGAUGUUUCCACGUAUUUUGUACGAUGAAGAGCUGGUGAUAAAGAUGUGUACAUAGCCGUUGUUGAUAAAUAUGGCUAGGGAUGGCGACGUGCCUACUAUUUUUAAUCCGAAGAGAGUUCGUACGCCUUCUGUUAUAAUAACCACGGACGAGGUGGCGAGCGACCAGGGAGAUGUAGAGAGGGAGCGCCCCAAUGGGCCUCCGACGCCCUUGAGUCCCCGCGCACCGCUCACGCCCCAAACUUCUGUGUCUUCAGCACCUCCCUUGACAACUCAGCCUUCACUCCAGCAAGCCUACAGCGAGUCUGCGGGCAGUAGUCAGGAUGAGGAGCGCCAAUUACGUGAUAAAAAAUGCCCGCGAUCCUGUUGUUCGAAGGUGGCCAAGAAGAUAUACUAUGGCCUCUGUGUCACCACCACCGUAGUGGCCGCCUGGGUCACAGUGACGCACUGCAUCAAGUACAUGUACCUCCAGAACUACUCUCAUGCAGACAGCUCAAUAACUACAGAGUCUACUGUUAAUAAUAAUUUUACUUCUAGGAUUCGCACACAUCACCAUUACAAUGCGCCCUUCUUCACGGCGUGGUUCUGCACGAACUGGCUCAUCCUCUUCUACCCGCUCUACAUCAUCAUCAUGCUCAUCCACAAGAAGUGCAAGUCCGCCAACACCAUCGUUUCCGACGCCUUCACCGACUUCAAAGAUAAGGGAUUUACAUUUGCCCGCUUUCUAAGCCGCUGCGGCUUGUUCUGCCUGCUAUGGGUGGUGACGAUCUACAUGUACACAUAUUCUCUGAGGAUCCUCCUUUCCACGGACGUGGUAGCGCUCUUCGCCACCAACGUAUCCUGCGUAUACUUGCUUUCUUGGGUCAUCCUGCAUGAGCAGUUUGUUGGUGUUAGGAUAGUGGCAGCCAUCCUGUGCGACACCGGCAUAGCGCUGCUGGCGUACAUGGACGGCAUCACGGGCAACUCCACGCUCGGCGGCGUCGUGCUGUCGGCUUGCGCUGCUGCCGGCUUCGCUAUAUUUAAGGUGCUAUUCAGAAAAGUGAUGGGCGAGGUGAACACGGGCCAGCGCGCGCUGUUCUUCUCGAUUCUGGGCAUCGUAAACGCUACGCUGCUGUGGCCCGUGUGCCUGGCGCUUUACCUCACGGGCUCAGAGCAGGUCCCCGAGCAUCAAAUGCCGUGGAUUCCUUUGCUACUGGCCAGUGUUGCACUGCUUGUUUUCCACUUGGUGUACCAGUUCGGCAAUCUCAUGACGUACAAUAUAUUUGUGUCGCUCGGGCUCAUUACUGCGGUUCCUGUUUCUGGUACCUUGGACGUGAUCCUGUACGGCGUGGAGUUCGAGGGGAUGAAGCUGGCAGGCAUCAUACUGAUCACCGUCGGCUUCCUGCUCGUCAUGUUCCCCGACAACUGGCCCGACUACAUCAUGAGACUGCUGAGAUGGAGCCGACGGCGACAGCGCGGCUCAGAAAAUGGCGGCCGCAGCAGAGACACUGUGGAUUAUCGCACCGGCUACAUCCGCUCGCACCUGCGCUCGCCCUCCGGCCGCGUGCGGUGACCGCCCUGCGCGCUGCCCAGCCACGCACCAUACAGGCGCUACCGAUCUGCAGGGGACUUACUAAUGCCAGUAACUUUAACGUAGAUUUUCUUCCUCAUCGGCUCACAUUACUAAUAUUUUCUCAACUAAAUACUUUUGGCCUUGGCAACGGAUUUAGGAAACCAGCUUCAUUAUACUUACUAGCAUAUUUGCCUCCUAGUCUAGUCCGAUGACCGCCCAGCGCGCUGCCCAGCCACGCACCGCCUAGCCACACAAUACGCGACACAGACAAUGUUCAGAGUGUUACUAAUGCCAACAAAAUGUAGAUUUUCUUCCUCACCUGCUACAUUUUUGCAUCUUCAAUUGUCCUGGCCUUUUGCCACACAAGUUUACAACACUGACCCAAAUCUUCAGGACACUUACUAAACCAAAACUUUCGGCCUUGGUAGCGGAUUUAGGAGUCAGAGGCAAAGUUUUACUCCAACUUGGAACCAUUUGCCUUCUGGCUGCGACUUACUAAUAACUUGGGCGCGCGUAAUUUUAAAAGUAAAAAGGUGUUAAGUGUAAUAACUUUCAAACUUGUGACCACCUUUCUCUAAAUGAAUGUCCAGAAAAUCUACAAUAACAGGCAUAACGCAUAACUGGUAGUGUCCUGAAAUAGUGGAGCGGUG